AAAAAACUUGCAAAUUAUAAGUAAGAAAAUUAAGUAAAUUAUUACAAAAAAAUUACCGACACAUACAAUACAAAUAAACAACACAUUUCAAGGAAAAUAAAAUGAGCUACAAUACAUUCGUGGAAUGGGGCAAAAAGCUAGUUUUUUAAUAAAAUGGGCUCCCUCUUCUCAAACACCUCCUAAGUUCAAUUAGCUGUAACACAGAAUCAUAAAAUCAUGAAAACUGCAUCCAUCACCUCUUCCGGAACCCCAUCAUCGGCCGCCGCUACCAACGACGCUGCCGAAGCUCUUUCGCCAAUGGCCGAUCCAAGCCACCAAAAUGCCGAAGACGAUAUUACUCCUGUCCUUUCUUCCGCCUCCGUCACUGCCACCGCUACUGCCACCGCUCCAGUUGUCCCAACUGCUGAAGUAGUCAAUCUACGACCGCCGGCAAAGCUCCCUUCUCGUCCGCGUAAACUUCGUAAAUUAUCCCCGGAAAAAUCUGAAUCGUCGAUGAAGAGCAGGAAUAACUGCAAAAUUGUCACUCGACCUCGAUUAAUUUCUGCAACCCACCAACGUUCUAUGUCGUGUGAGGGUGAAAUUGAGAAUGCUCUUAAUCAUCUUAGAACCGCGGAUUCAAAUCUUGCUAAGCUUAUUGACAUUCAUCCACCCCCGACAUUCGAUUCAUAUCAAACUCCUUUUCUUGCCCUAACAAAGAGUAUUUUAUACCAGCAGCUUGCUUACAAAGCCGGAACUUCAAUCUACUCUCGUUUUGUCGCUCUUUGUGGUGGUGAAUCGGGUGUUGUUCCGGCUACGGUUUUGGCAUUGACGCCUCAACAGCUUCGACAAAUCGGGGUUUCGGGCCGGAAAACGAGUUAUCUCCAUGAUUUAGCGAAGAAAUACCAAAAUGGGAUUCUCUCGGAUUCCGCCAUUAUCAACAUGGAUGAUAAAUCUUUGUUUACUAUGCUUACUAUGGUGAAUGGAAUUGGGUCUUGGUCUGUUCAUAUGUUUAUGAUUUUCGCUUUGCAUAGACCAGAUGUGUUGCCUGUUAAUGACUUAGGGAUUAGAAAGGGGGUUCAGUUGUUAUACGGUUUAGAGGACUUGCCUAGACCCUCUCAAAUGGACCAGCUUUGUGAGAAAUGGCGCCCGUAUCGGUCUGUGGCGUCUUGGUAUAUCUGGCGAUUUGUUGAGGCGAAAGGAGCUCCUACUUCUUCUGCUGUGGUUACUACACCUGCUGCUGGGAUGAGUUUGAUGCCGCAACAGCAAUUGUCGCCCCUACAGUCACCUCACCAGCAACAACAAUCGCAACACCAGCCACAGUUUCUUGAUCCCAUGAAUGGCAUUAUCAAUAUUGGUCAGUUGAGCUGAAUGAUCGCCUACAACAUUUUGUAAUUAACUCAUCUAACUCCGCUAAAGGAUGUUAUCCAUGAAAAUGAGGAAAGGGAAAGGCUUUGCUUAACUUGUUACCUAUGAAAGCCGCAUAACAGCUGAAGCCCCAAUAUUCUAAGGUUGGUGAUCAAGGAUGGGCAGGAAGGAAUUGAUUUGAUGAUUGAUACUUGCCUUAAUCAUGAUCUUUUGGAGACUCUGAAAUGAUGUAUCUAAUUUUAAUAUAUAUUGAAUUUUUUGGAUGUCUAGUUAAGUUUGUGUUUUUUGUAUUAAGAGCUUUAAUGGGUUGUAUGUCAUAGUAAAAGGUAUGUAUCAGAAUUUGGAAUAAAUUAAUUGUUAAAAAUUAUUGACUUGUGCAGGAAUUUGACAAUUAAGUAUUUAUUUUAAUAUUUUUUUUUUAUAAAUGUUUUUUAUUUGUACAUUAAAAGGUGUGUUUCGUAUGAUCAUAGGAUCCAUAAUAGAAUGAUCAUUAUUCAAAAUAAUAGAAUGGUAUCAAAAAAGUGAGGGGAGAAGAUAGGUGACCAUAAGUGUUGUUAAUCUGUUAUUAUGAAUAGUUUGGUUGAUAACAGAAAUGAUUCAAAAUUCUAAUUUACUUUUUGUUGUAUGAAUUUUUUUUUGUUAAUUAAUUUUAUAUUGUAGCAGAUAUGUUGGUAACUUGUUUUCAAUUAAAACUUAAU